CCCGCGAUACCGGAGGUCAAGUCAGUUCGUGAGUCGCAGUCGGCAACGUCGCAUACUGUGUCGGGAUUGUCGGUAUACCGAGUAUAGUGUUUUCGGCUUUGGACGUGUAUUUACCGUUUUAUCAUCGAUAUACGUGAAGUGAUCUUUUCUUACAUUCGCAGUAGUAUCCUGUGUUUCCGAGUGUGCCCCAGGACGGCCCGAGUUGGACCCGUGACGUGUUCGGUGUCAGUUCCGGAUCCGCCAAAUAUGGCGUAGUGAUUGACACGCAACUAUUCCGAACCCUUGGAUCGCGGUGGUAUUCUGUUGGUUUACUUGUGUGUUCUUGUGUACUUGGAGUGUUGUUUCUUGGACCGGAGGAGGACACGUCAUCGACACAGCUGCGGAGACGGUAUGUUGCAUCACUGGGCCCGCAGCGCCUCGGCCCUGGCCGCCAUCACUGGCUCGCCCAGCUAACUGUCUUGUCCCUCCUACCUUCUCCGUCGCUCGACUGUUGUCAUGUCUUCGCAUAAAAUCAUGAACGAUUCCACCCCGAUCUGUCGGUGCCGGGUGCUCUACCUGGGCUCGGCCGUCCCGCACGUCACCAAGGAUGGCCUUCAGGGAAUUCAGGAGCCGUUGAGAGAACUGUACCCGGAGCAAGGAGCACUAGGAGCUCGCGGAAUCGAUUCUUGGCUCAGCGUCUGGAGCAACGGCCUGCUGCUUGAGAACGUCGAUGAGAACCACAAGAAGGUAACGCGGUUCUUUCCCAUUGACACCCUCCACUAUUGCGCGGCUGUUCGGUAUGUUCUCGUCCCAGAAAAGAAUUCUGUUUCAUUUUCUACUCAACCUAGAUUCCUUCCGUUAGACUCGCCCUUUGCCAGAUCACCAAACCCCAGCCAUCCUCCCUUAUUCGCUGCGAUUCUGCGGAGAACGAUGGGUAUAAAAGUUUUGGAAUGUCACACUUUUAUCUGCAAACGUGAAAUGGCUGCCAACGCAUUAGUGCGAUGUUGUUUCCAUGCGUAUGCCGAUUCUUCGUACGCGAGGCACAUUGACUCCGGGGGAAAUGCCAGCAGUGUCUACGGUACCUUGAGGAAUUACAACCGGCCGAUCAUGAGCUCAAAUAGCAUAGAGAAGGUGGAAGGAUGGAGAAGGAUGGCGUCCCAGCCUGCUACUAGUGGCAGCACACUCACUCUCAACAGUACUCUGCAGGCAAAUAUACACCAGAACGGAGGAGAUACCUUGGGUUCCAACCCUGACAACUCUAACUCUGUUGACGACAUAUCCAUCUACAACGGGGACGAGAAUCACAAGAUAUGGGCAGGGAGCACCAGGGAUAUAUCUACGGCAGACCGAGAAGGGAACUACGGCGAAUAUGGAGGUAGUACCAUGCGUAGCACUCGAUCUAUGAGGCCCAGACAAGUUGUAAACGCGCCACCUCCGCCACCUCCUCCCGUGAAAGAGGAAAAAGGAAAGAAAACCAACAAAGACAAAAGUAAGAGAAAGAAAGGGGAAAGCAAAGAAGAAAUGUACCCUAUGAUGAAUGGAUCGUUGAUACGGACAGGCCAUUCUCAAGCUGGCCUUCGCUCACAAAGCUCGAUGAGUGGAACCAUGAUGAAAGGAGGCACAAUGGGUUAUCCGAACCACAUCUACUCUAAUGAGGCAGUUCUGAGGAAGUUCAAUUCUCAGGUUAUGAACGGAUAUCCUCCUCAUCCUCCUCCUCCCCCGCCCCCUCCGGUCUUGAUGGUACCCACGACGUUACCUCAUCCAAGACGAAUGGUAGCAGGGACGUAUUCGCACCGACCGACCAAGUCAGGAGCCGUAGUAAUGCCACCCCGUCCGCACAUUUUACCGCCAAAUUUUGUACCAAUGCCCCCGCACCCGAUGUACAUGAAGUCAGGUCGCAAACACUCCAAACACUGGCCUGUAGCGAUGGAGGAACCUAUUUACAUGCCAUCUACUAGACCCUUGAGCCCCGUCGCUUCGUAUCAACCGGGUCACUUCCCUCACGAGGCGUACCUCAUGCAGCAGUACGCUACAAUGGACGUGAAAGCCAAAAAGAAAGGAAAAGACAGCAAGAACAAGAAGUCCAUCCCUAUAUUAGUCAAUGGCGAGCGAAUGGACGAUGACGACGACCCAGAAAGCCCUUUUGAUGCCGAAAUAUACAGAAGAAAGGUAAAAGAAGGAAAACAGAAUAAAAAGCGAUCAAUCAUAAAUGGAGAUCAUAGACCCGAAGACGAGGACGAGGAUGAAUCUCCGUUCAACACAAGCUUGUACCGUAGAAAGGGUAAAGGUAGUAAAAAUGGAAAGAAGAAGGAGGCUAAUGGAGACCAAGAAGAUGAAGAUGGUAACGAAUCCCCUUUCAACACCGGUAUCUACAGAAGGAAGGGUCACCUCAACGAACGAGCGUUUUCUUAUUCAAUAAGGCAAGAACACAGAUCGAGAUCUUACGGAUCUUUAGCUAAUUUAAAAUUCGCGCCUCCACCAAUUGUUCCAAACGGAGGAGGACCGCCUGGAGACGGUGCAUAUUACGGGGGGUCGGUCAACAAGGAAGAGAUGAAGAAAGAGCGUGAGAUUAUCCAGAUGAUGCAAGACCUGGAGUUGUCUGGGGACGAACUGGAGAGGUCUGAGGUACCACCAGCUGUCUACCAGCAAGCUCGUCAGCGACCUGCAAAAGUUCGCAGAUAAAUUAAGAAGAGUGAUGGCUGAACGAUGAAGACGGCUCCCGGCCCUUGAAAGCAUUGUCAAAAGUGUUAGUGAAAAGUGCUUAUUGUGCUAUAUUGUUAUAAUAAUACACUGAUUAAUUAUUGUUAAUAUGAUAUUAUAAUACAUUUUAAUACUUUAUUUGACAAUUGUUAUUGUUAUAAUUUGUGGAUUGUAGUGGUUUAAAAAUGUAUAUGCAAUUUUUUUACCUAUGGAAUUAGGUGUGAAUGAAUGAAACUUUUACAACGAUAAUAUAAGUAUAAGAACACUAAGACUAAACGUUAAAGUUGGAGAAGUAUUACUUAGAUCCAAUAAGUUCACUCUAGAUGCAUAUUAUUUAUAUCUAUGAAAUAUAAUAUUUAUUUCGAUUCAACGAUGUUACAUAUAGAUAUUUGCAACUUACGAGCUUUUGGGUUUAAUCGUAAUUCUUUAUGUACAGGAAUAAUACAGUGAAGAGUUAAGUUUUUUAUUAUGCUCAUUAUACUUAAUAUAGUUUAGUAAAUAUAAGCAAUCGUUAUAAAUACAAUGCUAAUUACAACGUUAGACUCAUAUAAUUUGUACAUUUUAUGUUGUUUUAAUUUUAAAUAGUUAGUAAAUAAUAAGGGCUAAGCUGUUAUAGCUAAUUGUUUAUAGAGUUGUCGUGUUAAUAUGUUAUCAAUAUCAGUUUGUGAUACUUGUUUUGUUUUAUAGAGAUUAAUUAUUUUUAACCAAGAGUUUGAACAUGGUAUAUAAGUGACUAAAAUAUAUGCAUCGAAUAAUACUGUUAAAUAUGUUCGAUAAACAAGGUAGUAGCCUAUGUAGCAAUUUGACAGUCGGCUGUGCAGUAGAAUGUGUGCAGUAGGUUCACGCAUGCGUACUACACGUAAGUGGGGCAUGUUGUUGUGGGCAAGCGCAGUAACUGAGUGGACAUCUGCGCAUGCGUGUUGCACAUUAUGGAUGCGAACAGUGGUGUUGUCUACACUGAAAGCGUAAGCCUUAUCAAAACCGAUCACUGUGCUUGAAAAGCGCACAUUAUGCCUGGUGUAUGACUCGCUGUUUAGGUUUUGUGCAAAUACAUUUCAUCACCUCAUGUCUGUUUAGAAUAUUUAACGAGUUAAUGUAAUUCUUGAAUUUUACUAGGCAAUUUUAAAUUCAAGGCUUAACCCUAAAAGAUGUCCCAAAAUUGUUUUCACACUACAUUGCUUUAUUAUUCCUUUCAUAUAUGGAAAGAGUAACUUGAAGUAACAGGUGCAAAAUACUACAAAGUAGAUUUAAUGUUAAUGUAUUUUCCACUUCCACAGUUUUAAAAUGUAUACUUCUCGUUGAUACCAGAGGAGAAGAAACAAAACCUGUUGCUGUUACUUUAAAUUCUCAUUUCCCCCCAAUAAGUACUGUACAAAUUAAUAUUCAUACGUUUUGAGUGUUCAUGGUCGAGCUGUAGACGCUUUGUAUUCUGCGUUUGAGCUAAAGAAGAGAAAGUACGAGUUAUUAGUAUGUCAAUGAAAACUUUUGCGGUUUAGUGAACAUUUCAGAGAAGUUUAGAAUUAACAUUCAAAUAACUGUAUUUAGGAAGGGGGUUGUUUGUGAUUUUUACUGAAAUAUGACCUUCUAGAUUCAAAAGGUCAUUAAUUUCAUACAAUCAAGAUAAAAGUGUUUGUAGACAUCGUUAUAUUGACUUUCUCGUGCUCUUUUGUUACUGGAAAAAUAAGCAACGGAACUUUCAAAUGAGGUUUAUCUUUAUGAAUGGGUUCUAAAUUCCCUCCGUUUUGAGAAUAAUGCAAAUUGAUAAAUAAAAUGAUAUUGAACACAACAAUAUUUUAUUUCAUUGUUAUUAUUUAAAAAGUUAAGAAUAGAAGGGUGUACUACUUCAUUUAUACCCUGUACCUAUACAACAAUUUUAGCAAUUUCUAUCAUGCAGACUCUAAAUUAUGAAAAACAACUAACCAAACAAAUAAGGGUUCAUUAAAAUUUACGCUUUGCUCAUAUCAUUGCGAGUAACUCUAUUAGGCAUUGGAGUCUCAAGUUGUCCAAAGCCUCAAGAGUCCUGAGGAGUCUCUGGGGUUCUUGAGAUAGCGGAGGAACUAUAAAUUUAGAUGGCUGUUGCAUGGCUCAUAAAAGUGCUUUAAUUGCCUAAAUAUCCCUGCCAUUUGGAUUUUCAAUGGUAUUGCAACAAUAUUUUAAAUCCCUUUAGAUUAAAGGUGUGUUUAUAUCUGCUAGUAUUUAGUAUUUGAGUUGAAAAUGUUUGUUUAGUUUUCUGAUAUAGGUAAAUCAUAGAUUUUGUGAUUUAAUAAGCUUGCUCAUGUGUUACAAUUAAUUGUAAAUACGUUUUCAGUGUAGAUAUUAUUAUUAAAACAAAGGGUUAAAUCCUACAGUGACAAUUAACGUUUCCAAGGCACAUCAUUAUGACUUCACACGUUUCUAUCAGCAGCAAAUUCUGUAAAUCAUUAACUCUCUUUUUCACUCCUAUCGCUUUUGUUCUUCCAAGAAGAAAAGAACCUUUCUUGAGCUCACUGAGUAAACUUUCUACAAAGGACUGUUCGGAAUAGAGCAGCCACCGUCUAGUCUAUCUGCCCAGGCCAAAGUGUCGCUUGUUCACGCGAGGUGCUAGUGUAGGAUCUGUACCAUAUUUCUCGUUGCUCAACCGAGUAAUGUACCUACUCCUACUCGUACCAUUAUCUAGUUGUAAGUGUAAGCUGUCGAGUGCCAUCGUUCCCUGGUUCUGCGUCCCAGUGAGUGCGCAAGUGUCGGGUUCCCAGAAUCAAGAAGAAGAGCAUUUGUACAUAGAGAAGCGGUCAUGUUCAUUUCAACUUUUGUACUCUACAGAAGCGACCAACUGAGGGUGUGGGGUUUUAGGGUUCUCUUGAAAAUCUGCCUUCUGACAGCCGUAUCGGAGCACAAACCGCUUAUGUGGUUAUAAUAAAUGUUACUAUAUCCGUUAUACAGUCUGUUAGUCUGACUGUGCGUUGUCAUCUAGCUACUGAAGAACGUCAAAUUUUAAUAUUUUUCGGCCGAAGUGAAGCCGAUUUCCACCACCAACCCUUCUACUCACACCCACACCAUAUAUAAUAUUCAUAAAAUAUAUGUAAUAUGUUUAUAGCGUGUAUAGCCUAGAUAUUAUAACAAAAUAAGUGACAUAUUACUUCUGUUAUAAUAACCAAUAAAUAUAUGUUUAAAAUUGUA